UGGGCUGCGUGUUGUGCAUCCUAAACAUGCAUAAGCGGGUGGAACACUAAAUGUCUCACACUUUUGGUGAAGUAUAGACUUUGGACAAUUUUAGCGACUUACUAAGCGAAAUCAUGUCAGAGAGUAUUGUAAGGAAAAUUCAACCGUUCACUAUUGGGACUAAACUUUCGGCGCCACCCGUGCCAGAUGUUUAUUUGCCAAAACAGACUUUCACGAACAACUGCAAACUCCGACACCUGAACGAACAGGUGUCUCUGUAUCUCGGUCGGUCUCAGGUGUCCGACAGGCGCUGUGGACCUCCAACAAGCCCGGUGAACCCUGUGAAUCAUCACCUGGACCACCUGAACAGAAACACGGUCUCUCCAAACGCAGCGUCCAGAUCUAUUCGUAAGAUCACUAUAUCUAGCAACAUGGAGGCCAGACUUACUCCAAGGAUGGAGUUGAAGAAAAUAAGCCCAAACUCAGAGAAUAUAAACAACAAUAAUAACAUCACUGCUAACACACAGCUGCCGAAAAUAAUGGGCGUGAGCUGCGAGAAUAAACCAAACUCACAUUUCAAGGUGUUGCUAUGCAAAGACAAGGAAAAGCAGUGCAGUGGUGACAGAGAGAAAUUAUCUUCUUCACAGAUCCAGUUUUUGAAAAGAAAUGGCAUUCCAUCGUCGGACAGUCCACACUGUGAGCACAAGGACAUGUGUGUGGUUUCAAAAGCUUCAUCAGUGCAGAAUGACCACAGUUUCAUCCAACAAAAUGCCCUCUUCAACAAAGAGAUCACUCAGGCUGAGGCGUGGAUCAGAGCGAAGCUACGAGACCUGAGGGAUGGCAGCAAUGUCCAGAGAUGUCUUCUGGUAGACUGGGACGAAGUGCGUCAAACCCUGCAGAGAGAUUUGAAGGACUUUGAGAUCACUGUUACACAACUCAGCCAGAUGGGAGAGCAGCUAAUGUGCAAGCUUAACCCGACCUCUGACCUGGUAAAGAAACAGCUGGCUCAACUCCACGACCAAUGGAGCACACUCAAACAGAUGGCAGCCAAUCAAAUAAAGGCGAUGGGCGGAGCUAAGAGUCUCCAGGAGUUUAAUAAGAAGGUGGACCGUCUAGAGGCCUGGAUCAAAGAGAAGGAAGAGGAACAAUCACUGGCCAACAUCCUUGGGGAAAACAUUGACAAGAUGCAGCUGACCAGGAAGAUCCUCGAUUUAAAACAGGAUGAGCUGCUGUAUCGUAAUCUACACGAGGAGAUCAAUCAUAUGGCAAUCAGACUGGAGAAACAGGGGAGGACGGAGGGAAAGAACAUCUCGACCCGCAGAAAACACAUCAACAAAAUGUGGCUGAAGGCUCAGUCUCACUUGAAGGACUAUCAUGAGAAUCUUCAGUGUGCUCUGGAAGUCUCGUCCUUCUACCAGCAGGCAGAUAAUGUUGUCUGUUCCAUUAAUAACAUGAGAAAAAGCCUCUCUCUAACCAAUGGUGUGGAAACCAGCCGAGACGGAGAGAUUCGGGAUAUUGCCAGUCAAAUCAUGAUGUUGGACGUGACCGUAUCUCAGCUUUUGAACCUGCAUCCAGUGUUGGUGUCCAGGGUCACACAAAAGCAAAGUGAGGUGAAGGACUGCUGGGGUCUCCUCCAGAAUGCUGUCAGGAACGAAAAGGCAACUCAUCGGCCCUCCACCUCCUCGUUAACCAGAGAAAGCAGUGACCCCGAAACCCCAAGCCAAGAGCCACCCGGCAGCGUGGGAACAGACCAAGGGAGAAUUAUGGGAAAGGAGGUGAAGGAGGAACAGAAUCGUCUGAAGGGGUUUACGGGUGGGAGAGACUGCGAGCGCCACAGUAAGCCAUCAGACUGCCAAGAUGACAUGCAGCGAUAUCCAGGAGAGAACCCAGUACCCGUCUGUGCCAGCGAUGUCAUCGUCAAACUGCAGACAACAACUAAAAGUGGGAACCCGUUGGCGCCCGAGUCCAGGGGCCACCCAGCGCUCCACACUCAACUCCAGAAAUUCACAGUGUCGGCAGACAAGACUCUGUCCUGGCUCAAAGAUAGUGUUGCCAUGGCCACUCAAAUCUGCAGCUUGUCCGGGCCGAGGGGUUUUGAAGCAGCCAAGAGACGUCAGGCCUCACUGGAGCAGGACAUCCUGUCCAACAGAGCCAGAAUAGAACUGGUCAAGAGGGAGGGUCACAGUCUGGUUCGAGCUCAACAUCCGGGCAGCACAAAGAUCCAGGAGUUUCUGAGUCAGCUGGAGGUUUUGUGGGAGGAGCUGAAGAGAAGGCAUCAGAGGAAUGGACUGGUGCUACAGGUCUCAGAGGAGCUCAACUGCAGGGUGGUGCGGGUGCUGCAGUCUUUAUGCAGUCUGGAGGCGUGGUUGGAGGCGGUGGAGUUGUCCAUCAGACAGGCAUCUCUAGCGGGUGACCCAGAGUCUGUGAGCGUGGCAGAGCAGGAGAGCUGUCAGCUGGAGCGAGAACUGCAGGACAGAGGUCUAGAACUGCAGAACCUCAGACAGGAAGUGCAUCAUCUGAGCAGUCAACGACACCUGCACACUCAGCUGCUACCUGCACGCCUCAAAGAUGUCAUGGAAAAGUUCAGCAGUGUUCAGGCAGCACUGACCCAGCAGAGCUCUAAACUGAAGGACACUCGUAUGCUCACAGAGUUCCUGGAGAAGGUGGAACUGGAGGAGAGCCACUACUGCACCGUCGGAAAGCCCCUGUGUGGAGAUCUUGACUCAGGACCUUCUCUUCUGAGUGAUCGUGAUGAACCCCUGAUGGAGAGCAUUGGAAACCCCGUGGAAGAGCUCAGAGAAGCUGUGGAGAUGCUGAAUGACAUGGCGCGGGAGAGAGGACGCUCACAGUCACAUGAUCAGAGCAUCCAGGAACUUCUCAGCAGGCAUUCCAUGUUGUCCACACGGGUCGAGCAGUGUCUGCAGCGUUGUGCAGAACUUGCCGUAGACGUGCUGGAGAUGGAGAGUGAGAUUGCCAUCAGAUGCGAGCCAGAUCGUUGCGGACUGGAUAGACUGCAGGAGGACCAGGACCAGCUGGAGUCAGAAUACAAGGUGUUGAAGGUGGAGAUGGAGGCCGUGGAGAAUCUGGCUGCUGGUUUGAUAGAUGUGUGUCCAGAUAGAAUACACACAGUACAGACUGACAUAAAUACCAGCCUGCACGCCUGGCAAGAACUUGACAAGAGUGUAGCGGAAAACAGGAGGAGACUCCGACAGUUUGACCAGCUGCGGCAGUUCUUCAGAAACUACCUGGCAAUGAUCUCUUGGACAGAAGACACCCGCUCCUGUAUCUUCUCAGAAAGUGCUCUGCGUCAAAGCCGAGAGAAUCAGGAGCCGUUGGUUGAGGUUCUGGAUCGACAGAUUGAACAGAAGUUUGAGGAGUUCGAUAAGCUCACUGUCACUGGGAAGAAGCUUUUUGAUGGUGAACACCAUCUAAACAAAAUGAUCAGCGAGAGGAUGGAGGAGCUCCGGAGCAUGCUGGGAUGGAUCCUGGUCCAUUGGAGGGCUCAGAAGGAUCAGCUGUUGACCAGAAAGAAAACUGAGGAAGCCCACACAGAUGCCAUUUAUUCAGAAGCCACCGUGUGCACUCUGCAGCCGCAGCUGGAAACCUCACCAGAGGAAUCUCAGAAGAGCUUAGAGAGCUUAAGUGUGCUUCCUGCUGAUCUGGAGGAUAGUUUACAGCACAAUGAUGGAUAUGAGGUGAUGAAGAGCAUUAGUCCUAGAGGAAGUGAUGUCAACAGUAACAUAGAGAGGCCUGAUUCACCCUACCUGAUGCUGAAGGAGCCCAGUUCGUCGGCUCUAGGGGGCACUGUUAACCUCAUCUUGAGCUUCAGUAACUCUGGAGACACACAAAUCCAGGUACAGGAGCCUGGCGGGGAGGGUGGCGUACCGAUGCCUGAGCCUGUGCACAGGCUCGCUGAGUCUUACUCUUCUGCCUGUAAAAGCUUUUGGAAACGCUGCCAGGGGCUUUUUGGUAGUUUAAAGCAAAAGAAAAAGAUCUAUCGACACAGUACAGAAGAGGUAAGUACUUACUUGCAUGUUACAGACAACAACACAUCAAUAGCCCCAGUUUAUGAGAGUAUGACGCUGCCCAGAAGGAAAACCCAGCAGCCCUCCUCCUCCUCCUCCUCUCCCAGGACCUCCCCAUACUCUUUCUCCUCCCCCUGUACCUCCCCAUACUCCACGUCCUCAAAUGAAGAUACCCUUAAGCAGGCCAACAACUCCUCCCUUCACCUGCUGCCAAAGAGUGGCAACAUCUCGAUCUUCAGCAGCCUGAAGAGGAAGAGUAAGAAAAGGAAGAUGAAAGAUGACCGUAGACACACCAUUCAGAAGAUCAUGGGAGAGGAGCCUGAAGAGGAGGUCGCUUUGCCACCUGUAUGUGAACCAUCGACGUACAGUACACACACUUGGCCUCUGAAGGAAAGGAAGAAGCGUAAAAAUGCAACGAAACCAAAGAGUGAUGGGAUCCAGGUCUUGGAUUACAUGAAGAACCCUUUGGUGCAAGACAUAGAUGCAGAAUGUUCUCAAGAGGUUGGAGCUCCAGAAGAACACCUCAGAAUUACCACCAAAGGACAUGUGAAGAAUCACUGCAGGUUCCUCUCCUUGGGGUCAGUCUUAAGCUUCGACCUGCCAAAGGAUAUGAGCCUCAUCCCUAGCAUUCAAGAUGUCAUUACAAUUGGACCUGCUGAGCCAAAGAAGACAGAUCCUCAUAACCAGGACUCUCAGUCUGAGCGUCCGAUAGCUCUGAGCACCUUCAAAUUAGCACGUUCACCCCCAACACAAAAAGACGAGCCUAAGCACACAUCUCCAGGUGAAAUCACCCUUAGGAUUGACUGUAAAGAUGCUAAAAACAUCAGCGUUGAAACUGUCUCAUUUACUGAAGAUAAAUUCCCUCCUCCACCUUCUCCAGUCAUCAAAGACAUCUCCUUUGAAGGGAACCACACCUCUAUAUCCAGGGAUCUGAUUGAUGUUCAACUAAAACGUCUCUCUGGGAUCAGUAGACUGCCCAAAGAAGAGGAAGUUAAUUGGGACACAAUGCCAACUCAACUUAACUACAAAGAGAUCCUUCAAGAUGCAGGCCAAGGCACAACCAACCACAGUCACAGCCCAACUACGGCAGAGAUUCAUGUCCCAUGUCCCAGUGUCCAUACUUUGAUUCACAAUCUUAACGGACACAUGUUCCACAAGCCAGCCAAGACCUCAAGCUCUCAACCAUUGAGAGACAGUCCCAACCCACUUCAGAACCAUGCAUCUCACGUGGUUCUGAACUUUAGAGCCAAUGGAAGGAAUGACUCUGUGGACUCUGGACACUCUAGCUCUGGAAGCUUCAAGCUAUGUGCUGAGGGUCCGUUCCUGGAAACCUCGGAGUGUCCAGUGUUCAAGAGGACAAUGGCAAAGGUGUCAUCAUUUGAGGCAGAAGUCUCCAACAAGAACUUAGAUUGCUCCAUGCAAAAGAGCCUUGCAUUAUCCAUCGACGAUCCUGUCCACCCUGACCACCAGCAGUUUGAGCAAGAAGAGGAGGAGUUGGAGGACAUCUGGAAUCACACCAACAGCUAUCGACAGAGUGUAUGUUCAGACAUCAUGUAUAACAGUUAUCAGGCUUUGCCAGCAAGCUCCUCUCCAGAAAAGAAUAGGGAGUCCUCACCCAAGGAUCAAGCGGUACUCUUCAGGAAGUUGGUUACUGCCUCUGCACCUAAUCUUCUAGUGGCAGAGUUCAAAUUGCCAUCAUCUAUCCAGACUUUAGUGGGUUGUGGGAAGCAGCAGGAUGCAAGGGAAGAAGCUCUGGGCAGUGGGAACAGAAGUUCUUGGGCUGCAUUCACUCAACAAGAACAGGUUUACAAACAUGUUGCUGUUAAUGAAACCGCUUCAGAUCUUGUUAAACUGCCAGAAAUAGAGGACCAGCAAAAGUAUAUCUACCAUUAUAGAGAGGAGGAGGAAGAUGAGGAGGAGGAAACAGGGUUUCUGAAGGACCAGUCUAUGAGCCUCCUGUCUGUUCAUAUGGGUUUGGAGACAGAUGACUCUGAUAUCCAGAGUGGGAGGCAAGAACUGCCAUCUAUGGAAGGUACACUGGAGAGAAAACAUAAACUGCAAUUGGGGGGAAAGAAGGCCCUGUGCAGGACAUGGAACUCUUACCAUGCCAUCUUGUACAAACAAACAAUGUGUUUCUAUGAAGACAGGAAAGAUACAUUCAGGAGCUGUGCGACCAGCCUGCCUCUGAAUCUAAUCGGAGCAGUGUGUGAGCCAUCACCAGAGUACACCAAAAAACCCAACUGCUUCUGCUUGAGAUUGCGUGACGGAUCCGAGUAUCUCCUAAGUUCCUCCUCACGAUUUAUGAUGAAGAAAUGGAUCCUUAGAAUCCAAGCAAACACUGCAUCUGGUGAAUCUGGAGUGAACACAUCAUGUCACAGACCCUCAGCACAAACUCAGUGCUCCAGACAUUCCCCAUCUAUCAACAUCUGUCAGUGUGCAGAUAAAUGUCACUGCUCCAUGAGAAAUUAUGUCAGCUCCACCAUUUUACCGAGUCAGUCUGCUUUAGGAAGAACCAAAGAAAUCAUCGUCCACACCACUGAUGGUUUACAGAUCCUUCAGAGGCAUCAGGACCUGUUGCUCACCUCAUCCUCAGAGGGAGUGUUUGACUUUCAUGGUGAAUCUCUGAGACAGAAGCUGUCCUCUGUGUCCACCAUUCAGGGUUGGACCAGUGAAAAGAGACGCUCACACUCCUUUACCUCAGGAAUGAUGAAGCAGCAUGGGACUUCACACUGCUCCAGUGAUCUAUUGAAGAUCUGUGUGAAGAUGGGGGCCAGCUGGUUAGCACAGGAUCGAAGACACGCUGCCACAUACCAGAGGAUAAAGCCUGUAAUAGCGCCACCUACAGGCAGAGGCCAGGAUAACAACUCCAGUUAUUCUGUGACUUUAUUCAUUGGAGACAGAGAGAUGCCGUCAGUCUCUACAAACACGAUGUUGGCUCCGACAAAUGCCGUCAGACAGGAGUCGAUCUCUGAACUUCCUCUACGGAACUACACGAGCCUUCCACGACCACGGAACAAGUCCGUCUUCAGGAAGUUCUUCGGGAAAAAAGAGUGACAUAUUGAGAAACACUGUCAUGUGCAGGACACAAGUUUAAAGCUUCUUAAAAAGCUUGUUUUUUCUUAUACAUAUUUAUGGAUCAGAUGGCAAGAACAAUUUUUUAUAGUUUUAAAUGAGAAAUCAUAUUUUUGUGUUGCUUGGGUGAACUAUCCCUUUAAUCUCGAAAUUUUCCCGUGUUGAAAUGGCUUUUCAGAAAACAUAUGUUUAUAAAUGAGUGUGGUUUGCUGUGGACAGGCUGACAGCUAUAAUGUACUGCAGUAAUUUAUCUACUGAUAUGAGACUUUUGAUACCUAAUACGUUCAAUGUUCCCACCACAUUCCUUUUGAGGUGGUCCAGUCUGUUUUCAAUUUAUGUCUCAAUGUUUUUCAUUUUUGUGGAUUGCAGUUUAUGGUGAUUAAUAUCUUACAAUUUCAAUAUGUCCAGUCAUAGCUUUAUUUUCCUGUGGUUAUGGCACAUAGCAUUUGUCAUGGUUUCUAGUGUUAAGCCUUAAAGGAACAGUUCACCCAAAUAAGAAAAUUCUGUCAUCAUUUAUUCGCCCUUGUGUCGUUCCAAAUGCAUUUUUAGGUGAACUAUUUCUUAAACAAGUGUUUUUCCA